GCGCGCCUGGCACGGCUGCCGGGCACAGAUGCCUGAGGAGGGAGUGGCAUCCCGGAGGUCGCUCCGGAAGGCGAAGCGGGCACCGCAAGUCCAGACCUCUGGGCUGCAGGCCGGCCCCGGGCUUCGGAGGGAGCGGAGCAGCUGGAGAACAGCGGCGCGGAGGCGGAGGACCCCCAUCUACGAGCCGACCCCGAUCCACCCGGCCUUCUCCCCCCACCCCGCCGCCGCCCUGGCCGCCACCUACGGGAGCAGCACGUACGCGGGCCCCCUGUACCCCUUCCCCCGGACCGUGACCGACUACACGCACGCCCUGAUCAGGCACGACCCCCUGGGGAAGCCCCUGCUCUGGAGCCCCUUCAUCCAGCGGCCGCUGCACAAAAGGAAAGGGGGGCAAGUCCGCUUCUCCAACGACCAGACCAUUGAACUUGAGAAGAAGUUUGAGACCCAGAAGUAUCUCUCGCCACCAGAAAGAAAGAGACUGGCCAAGAUGCUGCAGCUCAGCGAGAGGCAGGUCAAAACUUGGUUUCAAAAUCGCAGAGCAAAAUGGAGGCGUCUAAAACAGGAGAACCCUCAAGCCAGCAAAAAGGAAGAAGCUGAAAGUGUGGAUAGUCACUGUGAUCAAAGGCAAGAGAGCUGUCUGAGCCCUGAGCAGAAGAAUAAAGAUGUCUCUCUUGAUGGGUCCCAGUACACCCCCUCACCUGUCUCUCAAGAGGACCUUGAAUCUGAAAUCUCAGAAGAUUCUGAUCAAGAAGUGGACAUUGAAGAUGAUAAAGGCUAUUAUAACUCUACCCACUAAUGGGCUCAUGCUUGAAAAUGAACCCUGAUUCAGCUUGCACUUUAAGGGAGCUGACUUUUAAAGAAUGUUUGGCUAUAGAAGACAACUUUCAUCAUUUCUCUGAGAAAACCACAGUGACUAGUUCUGUAAAUCUAAAACCAAGAAAAGGGCAGACAAUCAAUUUAUGGGCAGAUCUUUAUUUUGGUUAAAGGAAUAGGUCCAUGUUUUGUAUUUAAUUUGUAAGAUAUAUUUGUACAUCGAUUAAUGUUCUCUCUGGAAUAUAAUACUACAUUCUGUCUUUACUGAUUUUAUACCCCAUCCAGUCACCCUUGUGCAGUCAGGCAGAACUCCCAAAUAUUUCAGGUAGAAGUGAGUGUGGCUUGCAGGAUGAAUUCCUCUGUAUUUGUAGGUAGCUUUAAUUAAUUAAUUUAAAUAUUCUUGUUAAAAGCUUCCCCCCCCCCAGCAUAGAAAUAUAUUUAAUGAAUGGGGAAGAAUUUUUCAAUUCCCAUCAAGUGCCUUAUCUCAUCAUCUGAUGCCUUUCCACUCAUAACACCUCUAGUGGUUUUUUUCAUGACAUAAUGUUUAGACUACAAGUCAUUUGUAAAUGUUAAUUUUUACUUUAUAUUAUAAACAAUACAUAUAUUGUUUUUAUAUAUAUAAGACCUUUUUGAAUUGGAGACCCCUUGAAAUGUUGCCUUGCAAUCUGUCUGAUUCCUUUUUCUAGGGAAAAUAUUUUGUGAUUAAAGCUGCUUUUUGUCUGUUUUGAUAGUUUACUUCCCAUGUUUUGUAAGAAAAUGUAACAAGCCAUAGGGUCCUACUGCAGGAGAAAAACUGACAUCAGCUGCUGCCUGAUGAGCCAGGCCUACACCAGCAGUGGGAAGAUAGUGCCUAUUAUAUACAUAUGUGCCUCUGUAAAUACUUUGCUUCAAAAGGUUUUAUACCUCAUAUUGUUCAUAUUUUGUACAUAUUUGUUCAUUGUUAAAAAAAAGAAAAAAGGUAUUUAAUUUCUUUUUGGUGAUGAACUUGUCUGUGAAAUAAACUAAACCUGGACCACC